UUUACACGAAAAAAAAAACAUCCUCUUUAGUGUCCACGACACUUGUAGAUUUAUAUGCCAGCCAUUAAAAAAGCUAAACAAAUAUUCUUCGCAAUAACUUAAAGAAAGAAAACAUGCCAAUGGUCAUGUAGAAGAAGACAUAAUCUAACAUAUUUUUCAAAAGCAAAAUCCUUGAAAGUGUCACGAAAGCACCAAUUUACAAAAAGUGUGGUCCACUUCAAUGCCUUUCUAUCAGCCCCUUAAUUCUCAGCCAAUCUCUACCAUAACCUCACCCUCUUUGCGAUCUAACUAGAGAGAAAUUGACCAUGCAUCCAGACUAUGAUAGUUCAAGUAUAAAGAACAUGCAACAACAAAACUACUUCCACUUAAACCACUAUUACAGCAACUUAAACCCCUCAACCAAUAACAAUCUCAAUCUUAUCUCAUACCCUCAAAUGCAAGAACUCAAUAAUCUACAAUCUCCGGCAAGCCACAACUCUACCACGUCCGAUGAAGCAACUGAAGAUGUAUUCGUCAUCAACGAGAGAAAGCAAAGGCGUAUGGUAUCCAACAGAGAAUCAGCAAGAAGGUCAAGAAUGAGGAAGCAAAGACACUUAGAUGAGCUCCUAUCCCAAGUUGCUUGGCUUCGAAGCGAGAAUCACCAGAUUUUAGACAAGCUUAACAAAGCCUCGGAUAGCAAUGAUCUUGUUCUUCAAGAGAACGUGAUUCUAAAAGAGGAAAACUUGGAACUUCGUCAAGUAAUCACAUCUAUGAAGAAGCUUGGAGGAGCAGAAGGAGGAAGCACAAGUUUCCAUGAAAGAUAUUGUUCUUCUUCCUUGGAUCAUGACUUGGAUCAAGACUUCUCUUGUAUUACAAAUGAUCCAAAGACUCAUCAUCCGUCAUGAGCUGUUGUGAUCGAACUUUAAGUUUCCGAGACUAUAUUUUUCUAGGCUGAGAAUAAAGCUGAGUUCUUAUGUAUUUUUCACUGAGCUAGCUAGCACCGUUGAGACAUUACUUUUUAACGGUUUAACUUCGUACUAAAGUUUGCGUUAUCUUUUGAUGAAUAGUGAAUUUGAAUA